GCGACCGGGCACGUACGAUGGCAUCAACGCGGCGAGGGAUCACGAGCGACCCACGCAACAUCACGCACGCAGCAUCGUCAACUUCUCCGGACGCCUGCUUCUGGGCCCUCCGUCGCAGCCUCGCCAUGCUGGACAGCGUAAGCGGUGACCGAGAGAACGCAACGCAAACGAGGGGCCUUAUCGCCCGGCCCUUGAGCGUCAACGGCGUGACGGGGGACACGUACGGCAGUGUAGCGACAACAGUGGAUUCCAGGAAAAAAAGGAGGCGUUCCGUCAACAAGGCUGACAGCACCAGCCCAGAGGCAGCGGCUUGCGGCUGCUCUACGUCGUCCGACGAGAAGACUCCACUCAGUUUCGCCCCGCCGCUGGGCCCCACGUCGUCUAUGCGACGCCGCCUGCCCAGCGGCUCACCUUCGUCCUGCCUCAGCGAUGACGAGAUGUUGGACCCGUUCUGCCCUCCAUCGAAGAAGGGGAUCACCGGCGGCAUUUCCUGCGGUCUCGGUGGUUGCAAGAAACUCAAGGAAGCGGGCCACGUGUUCAAGAAGUGCUUUCUCGUCGUCGCCCUCCUCGCUGCUGUGGUCCUGAUGGGCAUAUUUCCUGAAGCAGACGAAGACACCAAAGGUUACAAGUUCAACGUCACAAGUGGCAAUGGAUCGCACCGAAUUCAUCUGGAGGACUGGCAGUCUCCCGUUCAACUCUCAUUGAGAGGUCCGUUUUUGCAUCGUUCACUCGCCAACUUGACGCACGUCUUCACGACUGUCACUCUCGUAGUAGACACCAACGGCACUUCGCACGGGAUGCUGUCGAGAUUUUCGCAAAUCAUGCGCAUUCCAACGGUGACGACUGCGGAUGCCAUCGCCGAGAUCAGCCUUGUCGUCAAAGAGGAGUUUAUGGUGGCCGAAUUUCAACCGAGUCCUGACAUACUGGUUGAAGUUCAUGGUAGCCAGCCCGAUGUCAUCUACCCACUGCAGAGCCUGCUGGAGCCUUCAGAGGUGGAAUUCGGCUUGAGCGUAUUCUUGGCAACUUUGGUUCUGACGGUGCUUUACUUGCUCAUCGUGUUUGAGCUGGUCCACAGGACUCUGGCUGCUCUCAUCGGCGCUACAAUGGCUGUCGGCUCACUUUGCCUGGUGGGUCAGCGACCGAGCUUGACACAAGUGGUAUCGUGGCUGGACGUUGAGACCCUGUGUCUGCUCUUCGGCAUGAUGAUCCUGGUCGGCGUUCUCUGCGAAACAGGCUUCUUCGAUUACGCCGCUGUGCUGGCUUACCGUCUGGCUCAUGGUAACAUCUGGCCCAUGGUGACAAUGCUUUGCACUUUCACCGCUGUCAUCUCUGCAUUCCUGGACAACGUCACCACCAUUUUGUUGAUGACACCCGUCACCAUCAAGUUGUGCGAAGUGAUGGACCUUGAUCCCAAGCUUGUGCUCAUCAUCCUCGUGGUGUUCUCCAACAUCGGCGGCGCGGCCACUCCAGUGGGUGACCCUCCCAAUGUGAUCAUCAUAUCGAACCCCAGCGUUCGCUCACUGGGGGUCUCGUUCACUACUUUUACGGCGCACAUGGCUCCUGGCGUUCUGCUGUGCGCGCUGGGAGCGUAUAUCUACCUGCGCGUCUUUUACCGGGAUGUCAAGAAGCUGCGCUCGGCACAGUCCUCCGACUACCUAGAGAUGGCUCACGAGAUCCAGGUGUGGCAGAAGGCAGUCUUCUCGCUGGCCGAGUACUCGCGGGACGAGACCCACGUGCGCCACGUGCUGCGCAAGAAGGUUCGCAAGCUCGUGCGCCAGCAGAGCAAGCGCAGCCACUACGCCCGAUCCGCAACCCUGCCACCUCCUCGCAGUGGCGCCCCUGACGGGACGCCUGUGGAGGGCAAGACUGCCUCAUACAUGCUGGCUGAAGCAGGUUUCCGGGAGAACCUGCGCACCUUGAGCGAGAAGUACAGGAUCCGUGAACCGGCGCUUCUCGUGAAGUCAACCAUUGUUCUGGCCUCCGUCAUCGUGCUCUUCUUUCUCCAGAGCAUACCCUCAAUCCACCUGACGCUUGGAUGGAUCGCUAUUCUUGGAGCCGUGAUGCUCAUGGUUCUGGCUGACACACGUGAGCUGGACGCUGUUAUCGCUCGCGUGGAGUGGACCACGCUCAUAUUUUUCGGAGCCCUUUUUGUUGUCAUGGAGGCACUCGUCGAACUAAAGCUUCUGCUUUAUGUUGGCCACUUGACCCAGAACUGGAUUCGAAGCGUGCACCAUGACUCCCGACUAACUGUCUCAAUCAUUAUCAUAACCUGGGUCUCUGCACUAGCCUCUUCCUUCGUGGACAAUAUACCAUUCACGACUGUCAUGAUCAAAAUUGUCAAUGGCCUAGGUGAAAGCGACUUGGGUCUCAAGCUUGGGCCGCUAAUCUACGCUCUCGCCUUUGGAGCCUGUCUUGGAGGCAAUGGAACCCUUAUCGGAGCCUCGGCGAACGUAGUCUGCGCUGGAGUUGCCGAGCAACAUGGCUACAAGUUCAGUUUCUUCGAAUUCUUCAGGAUUGGUUUCCCGCUGAUGGUCCUCACCACUGCCCUUUCAACUGCAUGGCUUCUCGUCUGCCAUGUCGGCCUGCACUGGGACAUCUGAUUUCUCCAUCCACAAAUAGUUCCAAGAAAAUGAGGGCAUGUAUGUGCUCGCGAAGCGAGCUUCGUGUUUUACGGGAAGUUUUACUUUUAUCUGUGAAAUCAAUUUCUUGUUGACAUUUUAGCCGAAUGUGUAACUCCUGCAUUGAAUGCACAUAUUGACGUUUUAAGUAUUUGGUUUUUUCAUGGCAAUUCACUUCAACCAGCGAUCGUUCGAGUUUUGUCGAUUGGCAUGUUCCCUUUUCUCCCAUUUUCCUCUUUUCUGAGCAGCAGUUUUCAAUCCACUAUUUAGAAGUUGUUUUAUGCACCAAGUUCUGUUACUGUGUGUGUUCAAUAUUUUUUACAAGGCUAGCGUUUAUGUAAGCAUGCAACACAGGUAUACCUAGAUCAUUUUAGUGAGACUUGUGUAUUGAUUGUUGGCUCAUUUACCGUACCCACUGUAAGCGUUUGGAAGUUGUCGAAUAAAGUUUUAAGUUGACUUCUACUGGUCA